CUGACACUCUUCAUACCACUUAAUAUCUUCCAAUCUUUUUAUGCAAAAGCACUCGUUUUUAGUGCGUUAACCCGAAGAAUUCGGGGACACACAUCCACUGAUGAUGUUCGGAUAUCAACAGCACCUGAUAAAUGGCCGGGUGUUAAUAAUUUGGUUGCAUUAUUGAGUCGGGAGAAAGGCGAUGAAACCCCUCACCUUCGACAGGUUUUAGCGGAAUGCUUUAUCGCCAUAACAAUGUCACUGUUUUGUUUCGCACUUGCCGUCUACGAUUCGAGAUGGUUGUAUCGGUUAGUUGCACAUGAGAUGGAUGCUAUGCAGUUUUCCCUCAUAUUUGGUGGAGGAGGGGAGAAGAAAGUCCCUCCGCUCCUCGUACAAGGAAACCGUCGAAUGUUCCUGAUGCGGAGGCUUUGCGCUCUAAAUUGCAUGCUAAGGUUUCGUUUAUGGAGUUUGGAUAGGGACUAUAGAAUCCUGGUAUUUGGGGCGGAUGUACCUCAGUCCGGUCCACAUUCCGGUCAAACAUCACCGGCUGUUGAGCAAACAGUGACGAAAUGGAUACCGCCGCAAAAGAAUAUUGUGCAAUUUUUCGCUGACAAGCCAGCAAUAAAUUCCAAAGAUGAACUUGGUGUGGACUUUGAUUCAGACGAUGAAUCGGGGAAAAGCACAACGAGUGACUUAGAGGAAGAUCGGUGUGAGAAUGCAAACCCGGCAUCAUUUGCAUGGCAGUUAAUACGUUUAGCCCUAGUGGAGCAGCAAAUUUACAAAAUUCGUCAUUUCUUAGUGCUCGCUGGGUUUGAUGCCAAUGAGAUUCCUGGCGUGGCUCCUCGAGUUCAAACUGUUUUGCGGCUCUUGGAUGAGUGGGAAAUACAGUUGCGGCAGUGCUUGAAGUCAUAUCGUGGAGGUUGUCCGGUUGAUCUUCUACCAAAUAUGACCAUCGACAUUGCGGACGCGAACUCACCUCUAAUGAAUUUGCCCAAUUCUCACAGGAAAUACGCGGUCAUAGCGGAGAAGCACAAUACACCUUUUGAGUCUGAAGAUCUUCGCGCAGGUCCAUUGCGGCGGCUGUGGGCGUAUUUGACUAGACAAGAGAACUUGCAACCCUUGUUCGUACGUCACAUUUUUGCAUCACGUGGCCAGCAGGAGCAACCAAUCGAGAAGAAUGAUACUUUGGCUACUAUUGAGAAUCAUCCGCUGCCUGAUGCUUUCAAGAUCAUUCAAAAGGAUAGUGAACCUAUUGUUGCUUUUGCUUGUGACCAGGAAAGACCUGGUUGGUUAGUGGUUUCCACUGGUCGAGAGUUGCAAGAAAUGGAUAUUUCUGGUAUAUUUGAAGAGUGCAACAACGCAUCUUCAUGGUUGUACAACCGGACUGAGUUAGAUCAGCUUACACCAUGGAUCAUUGAUAGAAGUAGAAAAGGUCUUCAUAAGAUGUUCAAGAGAACCAUAAGUGGUAUUCGCCGUAUCGAUUCUCAUCCAAAUGCUCCUUUAUAUGUCACUGGAUCUUCAGAUGGAUCGAUAAGGGUGUGGGAAUGGGGUGUUGGACAACCUGUGUAUACUGCCCGCGUUGCCGGUCAAUACGCUAAGGUUUCUAAGAUCUCAUUCUCUUGCAAUGGUAACAAAUUCGCAGCUGUGGACGGUGAUGGAAUGAUGUGUCUUUGGGAAGCUUGUCGCUCGGCAGAACUGAAAAAACCUUCAUCAGUGUUAAUAACUGCUGGUGCUUCUUCCGGAGAAUUCAAUUUGGCGCUAUGGGACACUUUAUUGCCACAAAACCGUGCUUUAGUUCACUCAUGGGUCGCACACAAUGAAGGAGCAUCGGUGGCGAUGUACUUGCCGAGCCAACAGGCAAUAGUAUCCGGUGGACGGCACGGCGACUUGUGUUUGUGGGAUAUUCGACAACGUCAGCUGCGUGCUACUGUAAAAGCCUUCGAAUCUCAUCAGAUUGUUAAGACGUUGGUCACUGAUUACACGCAGGAUCUGAUUGUAGCUGGAUCAAGUGAUGGUGAUAUUAAGAUUUGGUCAGCUGACAUGAACCCCCAAUUGAUGUACUCACUUCCCGGCGAGCACGCUGCCAAAGUUGCUCAAUCAACGGUACAGGGUGUUCAGCAACUAUACAUUGACCAACAACUUCGUCUGUUUUCAUGUGGUGCAGACGCAAGUCUGAAAUUUCGCAUGCUUCCCUCAGUUUACAACAUAACACAUCUCAUCUAG